AUGUCGGGGGAAAAUGGAGAGCAGCAGCCGCGGCGGUACAUCUCAACUUAUUGUCUAUUUGACACGUUCGCUUACAACACCGAACCACCCCACGGCAGCUCCCGUCGCUCCCUGCCCCUGCCUCCUCUCAACGCCCCGCCACACCCCGUUGGACGACCACCUACUCGCGGCACCCCGUACCGCAGCAGGACGGUGGCGACACUGAUGCCGCACACUGGCCAGGCGGGCAUCAACCAGCUGGGAGGCGUCUUCGUGAACGGGCGGCCGUUGCCGGACUACAUCCGGCGCCGCAUCGUCGAACUGGCGCUAAUGGGCGUGAGGCCAUGCGACAUCUCGCGGCAGCUGCUCGUGUCGCACGGCUGUGUGUCCAAGAUAUUGACGCGCUUCUACGAGACCGGCUCCAUCAAGCCGGGCUCCAUCGGUGGGAGCAAGCCCAAGGUAUCCAAUCCGCAGGUGAUGCGUCGUAUGCUGCGUUACAAGAACGACACCGGCCCCAGCGGCUGGGACAUGCGGCAGUUGCUGCCCCACCAGUCACCGCAGCAGCACCAGCAGCAACACCAGCCGCAGCCCGAUCACCCGAUGGGCGCAGAGCAUGGCCUCGCGUCUCCACCGCCGUCAGCUUCCAGGGUGCUUCGAUGCGCCGCCGAAUGUUCGGCGCUCUCCUCACCAAAUGUGGACGUGACGGGAGGCCUCGCAGAGCCACUGCCUCUGGCCAUGGGGCCCUACUACCCGAGCCCUUACUUGGCCCUGCAGCACGUGACCACAUGCUUGCCCGCGUUGCCACAGCAACCGCCACAGCAGCAUCCGCAGACACGGCAGGCACAACAACAUCAACAGCAACACCCGCUGCAGCAGAACGGCCUCAGCCAGAUGGCGCUGCCUUCCACCUCAUCCGCCAUGUUUGCCACCUCUUCGUGCGCCACCAUGACGAGGCCUUCGACGUCGCACAACUCCGGAGGAAUGCUCUUUCAAAAGAAGCAGCGGAGCAGGCCUGACUCGAACGAGCCCGACUCGGAAGAUGACCUCGAGGACCAAGACUCGUCAGACGAGCAGCUGCCCUCAAGGCGACGUAACAUUGGAGGCAGCAAGGGCGUCACGUCUUACUCUAUCGAGGAGAUACUCAAGAAACCCGGAGACGCCCCCUCCGGAAGGUCCAGGGCCUCUUACAGGAGAACGGCGGCGACUUGGAGUUCUGAUGACGCGGGCGCCAACGGAACGUCACCGCAUCAUUCCAAAGGCCACUCCAAGUCCGAGCAGGAGUCAAGUCUCGAGGCGGAAGUGACGUCAUCGUCCGCCGACGCCGAGUGCAACGGUCUACCACCUGCCGCGUCCCAGCAGCAGCAACUGAGUGACCAAACAACGACCGCCGCAGCGGCAGCCGCUGCAGCAGCCGCGGCCGUAGCGGCUUUUCAGCCCCAGGCCGCAGCUCUGGCUCUGUGGGCCGGUGCCGCAGCCUCUAGCCCCGGAAGCGUGGGCUUCGCGUCCUUCCCGUUCACGAGGUUCGCUCCCAUGAUGGCGCCGUUCCCGUGCUCCUACUUCUCGCAAAUGGCCGCCAUUUACCCGCAUGCCCAAGCGGCGCAACCGUCGUCCUCCUCUGUCGAGCCGGCGAUCGCAGUGGACAGCAACAUCGUUGCCGACUCAGCCACUUCGCCCUCGCCCGCUGCUGAAACACCGCCGAACAGCGCGGUUCAUCCGAAGCCCAGUUCGCUGGCACUGACUCCGUGAGGCGUCGGCGCGACGCGUACGUUGUUGCUUCGUUUGUACGCGUAGUAGUAUCUGUUGAGCGAAUGGGAGUCGCACAAAGACCAGUUGCACUCCUGCAGGCAUUUGUUUUCUUUUUCUUUUUUUUCAACGCAGAACAGAAAUUGUUGGGAACCGUAAGCCGAGUUGCUCGAGUACUUUCCUUUCUUUCUCUCCUUUUCUUUUUUUCAUUAGUUACAGAUAUAUCUGAUGACAAAUAAGCGGCAAAACACAGGUGUCUGGGUUGUGCCUGGCCAUAGAUACAGGAAUAUCUAUUCUCAUU